UAUCAUGUUAUAGACAUUGAUUACGACCAUCAAACUCGAAAGUUUUUCUGGAUUCACCGAACAGUCUACAGAAUAUUGAUUAUUUUAAGUUACAUACCACAAGCUCUUCAUAAAGUGAAUGUUUACAAGCAUUCUUGGCCAUAUCAGAGCCAAACCUCUGUUUCAACUUCGAGUGAUUUUUUGAAUUAUUGGCUAACCAUUUUGUCGACUACAGUUUACUAUCCUUUUGCACUAUCACAAGACUUGAUUUUGAUUGAUUUAGCAAUGCUGUCUCAAGCAACACUUAGUAACAUCAAUGAUCAGUUGAAUGCUGUUAGUAAAGAGAUGCAACUUGAGGGCAACAAAUUGAACAAUAAAGUUGUCAAAAUGCUUCGUUGGCAAUAUCUUUUGAUUCAUCGAUUGGUUGAUGAAUCAAGUUUAUUCAUGAAUCUCGCUGCAAUUGGUUUAAUUAGUCAUUAUGUGUUCAUUGUAAUCGUCGACGUUUAUAUUUUAGUAUUUGAUAAGCAAAUUGUACUAAUCAAAAUUAGUUCAAUGUUUGCAUUUCUGGGAAUACUUGUUGAACUCUGUCUGAUUACCCAUUCAGUUGUAGCCAUUUACAUCAAAUCUCAACAGCCUGUACCAAUUUUAUACAAGCUAUCGUUUAAAACAGAUUCAUUUUCCGUUCUCAAUGAGAUUUCUUUGUCCCUUUACCGUAUCGGUUUCAAUGAUAUUGGAUUUUCUUUUGGUGGCCUUUUCAUGAUCACUCCAGACUUCAUAUCUACUCUGGCAAUUGUAACAAUCUCAAUAAUCAUUGCUAUUCCGUCAUUCCAUUCAGCUUAAUAAAACUAAAAUUAAUCGUUAUAUUGCAAUAUUUGAAUAGCGCAAUUAGAAGAAAAUCAAAUGUCUAUCAUUUUCUUUGAUUUCAGUACUAAAAGAUAAAUCAUAAUAAAUCUAUCAGUCCAAAGUAACUUCUAGUUUUAUUUUUUCUUGAAAUCCCUCGAAACUCUAUCUUAUUGAAAAAGUAAAAUUGUUGAAAUGAAUUGUAGACGGAAUUAGCUCAUUAAAUCACAAAUCUCAAAUUUAGACUCGUUAAUUUGUCAAUCAUUUGAUUGCUUGUCAAGUUAUAAUAUUUGUGCCAAUACCUAAAUAACAUCAAAAUAAAUGCAUUCGUUUCUUUAGUAUCAUGCCGUGAAUCGAUCUUCCUAUUUUUGCGUACUUAAAUAAUAAACUAAAUUGGUUUACAGAUUCCAUUUGUAUUGCAAUGUUCCAAUAUCAUAUCAUCAAUG